CUUCAGUUUCCGCUGGCGCAUAUAUCGACUUGGAUACCUCACUCCCGCCUACUUCAACUAAAGUGAGAAUUGAGAAAGCCCCUCCUUCUGUCCGUCAGGAUAACACAAAAUUGAGACGCCAUGCAUGGACUGUUGCUUACUUUGCAGGUCGCACUUCUGGGACUGCUCGCGAUAUGGUUCCAAGUCACUUCACCGGUGCAGGGACUGCUCAUACAUAGACGUGACGACCUGCACGAGUCCUUCCACUCAUUUCGUAUAGUCCACGCGAGCACUUUGAACAGAAGGGCCAGCGAUGAUGGAAGCUCUACAUGGGAGAUACGGCUGCACGCUGGCGGUGGCGAGAUAAUCAUCGUUGACGUAACGCCGAACACCGACCUAGAAUAGUGAAGGGGCAACCAGACUCUACUGUGAGACUGACGAAGAUCAGGGACGGGCUCUAUGAGGGACGCGUGGUUUACAGGCGGGUGAGGAAGAGCAGGCACGGCGC